AUGCGACCGUUAUCACUCCCACGUCAAAUAAAGAUUAACAACUUAAUUUUGGAUGUAAUAGUUGAAGAUGUACACCCAUUUUCUAUUAUUAAUGACACUGGUUUUCGUAAACUCGUGUUGGGUCUCGCACCAUCGUAUGCGUUUCCAUCAAAAACAACAUUUAGUACAACUUUUCUUAUGGAAAAAUAUAAUAAAGCGAAAGAAUCAAUACUAGAUAUCUUACAAGAAGCUAAAACUAUUUCAUUAACAACAGAUAUGUGGACUUCUAAUGCUAAUGAAAGCUAUUUGGCUGUGACAGCACAUUUCAUAUCCCAAAAUUGGAAAUUUAACUCCUGUUUGCUUAGCUGCGUGGAAUGUAGGUUCCAGCAUACCUCAGAAAAUUUGGCAGCAGAAAUUAAGCGAAUAAUAGAUGAAUGGCGUUUGACUAAUAAAAUAUUUGCUGUAACAACAGACAAUGCAGCAAAUAUUAUACGUGCUGUUACUUUGUGUGGAUGGUGUCAUGUUCCAUGCUUCGCUCACACAUUAAAUUUAAUAAUUCAAAAAGGCUUAAAAAAUAUUGAGCAUAUUAGACUAAAAUCAAAAAAUAUUGCUGAGUACUUUAACCGAAGUACGUUAGCAAAUACUAAACUUCAAGCGCAACAGAAGUUGUCCUUAAAUUCAACAGUUUUAAAAUUAAAAAAUGAUUGCCCAACUAGGUGGAAUUCAACCUGUUAUAUGUUCGAUAGGAUUAUAAAAAUAACUGAAGCUAUAUCAGCUACUAUUGGUAUUUUACGCAUUCCAUUGGAGGCCCUAACGGAAAAUGAUUGCUGUAUUAUAAAAGAAAUUUUAAAUAUUUUAAAACCAUUCGAACAAAUUACGACGGAAAUGAGCUCAGAAAAUAAUGUCACUCUAUCUAAAGUAAUUAAUUUUGUACGAGGAUUGAAUGCGGUUUUAACCAAACUUUCUAAGGAAAUAACAUCAAUAGAAGGGAAAAAAAUGGCUGAUACACUUAAGGACUCUAUUUCCACCAGAUUUGUUAAUUUGGAAGGCAACUCGUUAAUGGCGACAGCAGCGUUUCUGGACCCCAGAGUUCAAAGUGAAAUAACUGCUCUUAUUAAUAAUAAGAGUAUAUCGAAUGAAAGGCUAUGCAAUGAAUCCAGGAGUACUUCAAGAAACGAUGACGAGGAUUUAGUUUGGCAAGAUUUUAAUGACUCCUUGGUGGGUAGUCAAACUCAAACUCCAACAGCCUUACCUAUAAUCGAGAUACGAAUGUACUUAGAGGAGCCAUUAGUUGAUCGAAAAUCAAAUCCACUUGAAUGGUGGAAGCAGAGAGCUUUGCUUUACCCACAUUUAUCAGAACUAGCAAGAAAAUAUUUAUAUCAAUUUUAG